AUGGCAGCCGCACAUCCCACCUCAUUCCUCUCGCUACCCACGGAGCUCCGCCAGCAAAUCUACGCAAACCUACUCGAAGACCUAUACAUCACUCCAGCAGACUCCCUCUUCACCCUCCCACCCAAUCAACCCAUCCGCUCCAUCACCUACGCCCACCCCAACCUCGCCAUCCUCCAAACCUGCCGCCAAAUCCACUCAGAAGCCCUACCAAUCUUCACCUCCACCGCCACCCUCUCCCUCCGGCACUGGGCCCAACACCACCUCCUCACACAGUCAUCAAACCGGGUCCCCCACAUAACUGCCAUUGCACGACUACGAUUGUCUCCGAAUCUAAUCGGCAGAGGCUACUACGACGCCAUAACACUCAACACCGCUUUCGACGCCCUCCAUCACCUCACUAUAGCGCCCCUAAGCCUAGCAGUCCCACACAACCACCUCGUCCGCCUGGACGCCCGACGCGAGAUCUUGAGCGGGAGCAGUGAGGAUAUACAGCUUGGGAGCAAUCUCAGCACGGCACGGCCACAGAAUGGACAGAAUGCUGGCUUGAACAAACUCGACCUAAUCCUAACGCUAAUGUGCCACCUCAACACCGAUGUAUCCGAACGCGUUCUGAGCCUUCUCGCCGCUGGUCAGGAGCGUGGGUGGACAGUGAAUGUGGGCUUUCAAGUGACCUGUGCUUCUGCGGGUAGGUUAUUGCUCCCUGGGGAGGAGCAGAGUCGGCAUUUGUGUUCUUGUCCGGAGGGGAUUGAGAUUGGGUUUGAGCUUGUUGGGAAGGGGGCUUGCGCGAGAUAG